AUCACAUGAAGCUAGAAGACUCUAGACAAUGAACUAUAUAUUAUAAUUUGAUCAUAUCAACCUUUUUUUAAUCAUUAGACUUGAACUAUAUAUUAUAAUUUGUAGCAUAUGAAACAAUUCAUAAAUAGCAUAGAACAAAGAGUUAUAAUGGGAGCUCCUAGCAUCAUUGUAGUGUUAUCAAACUUGCUUUUUUGUCUUCUUCUAGUUUGUGCACAAACAAGCUCUGCUGAACUGAGUAAAGGGUUCUAUGGAAAUUCAUGUCCGAAUGUCGAACAAUUGGUUCGGUCUGCCGUGGAGCUCAAGUUUAAGCAGACCUUUGUCACUGCUCCCGCCACUCUUCGACUCUUCUUCCAUGAUUGUUUUGUCAGGGGUUGUGACGCAUCAAUUUUACUUAGUGAAGGAGAGAGAAAUCAUCCUGAUGAUAUUUCAUUAGCUGGUGAUGGUUUUGACACCGUGAUUAAAGCCAAAGAAGCUAUUGAGAGUGAUCCUCAAUGCACAGACAAAGUCUCUUGUGCUGAUAUACUUGCUCUUGCUACAAGGGAUGUUGUCAAUUUGACUGGGGGACCAUUUUAUGAAGUGGAAUUGGGAAGACGUGAUGGAAAGAUAUCUACAAUUGCAAGUGUUCAACAUAAACUUCCUCAUCCUGAAUUCAAUUUGGAUCAACUCAAUUCAAUGUUUAGUUUCAAUGGACUCUCUCAGAUAGAUAUGAUUGCAUUAUCAGGUGCACAUACAAUUGGAUUUUCACACUGCAGCCGUUUCUCAAAAAGAAUCUACAACUUCAGCCCAACAACUAAAAUCGACCCAACACUAAAUCUACAAUAUGCCUUUCAGCUAAGACAAGCAUGUCCUCCAAAAGUUGAUCCUAGGAUUGCCAUAAACAUGGAUCCUAUCACACCUCAGAAAUUCGACAACCAAUAUUUCAAGAACUUGCAACAAGGAAAAGGACUUUUUACUUCUGAUCAAGUGUUGGCUAUAGAUGAAAAGUCAAAGGACACGGUUGACUUGUUUGCAUCAAAUGAAGUAGCUUUUGAAAGUGCUUUUAUUGAUGCUAUAACUAAGUUGGGAAGGGUAGGUGUUAAAACUGGAAAUCAAGGUGAAAUAAGGUUUGAUUGUACAAAGCCAAAGGUGAAUUAAGUGCAAUGGUGAUGAGAAUUUCAUA